CACGGGGAAAGUUGGCGCCGCCGGGGCGACUCCGGGAGGCGGGGGCGGCGGUGCUGCCGGGGCCGCCCCCGCGCCUCCCUCCUCCUCCUUCUCCUGCACCUCGGCGGGGCGGCGGAGUGCCCGGGCGGGCGGCUGGCCCCGCGCCGGUGCCUGGCUGUCCGCCGGCCCCGCGGGAGAGCGGGGGCGAGCGCUGUUCCCGGUGGCUGGCACGGGGGAAAGCGAGCGGGAAGGUUAUUCUGCAAUAGUUAUGAACUCCCGUUUACGAGCCUUAGGUGGGAGGAUAAAUAACAUACGAGCAUCAGAGCUACCAAAAGAGAAAACCCGAUCAGAAAUAAUCUGUAACGUCCACUUUUUGGAUGGCUCAGUACAAAGCUUCAAAGUCAACAAACAAGACACUGGACAGAUUUUGUUGGAUAUGACCUAUAACCAGCUGGGUGUGACAGAGAAGGAAUAUUUUGGUUUACAGCAAAACGAGACUUCAGUAGAUUCACCUUUUUUCAUUUCACAGCGAUGGCUUGAACCAAGCAAACCUAUUAGAAAACAGUUAAAAGGAGGUUUUCCCUGCACGCUUCAUUUUCGUGUAAGGUUUUUUAUACCUGAUCCGAACACACUUCAGCAAGAACAAACCAGGCACUUAUUCUUUCUGCAGCUGAAGACUGAUAUUGCAGAAGGAAGGUUGUCAUGCCCCAUUAAUUCUGCUGUUGUCCUGGCAUCAUAUGCAGUACAAUCACAACUUGGAGACUAUGAUGCUUCAGUGCAUUGUUCAGGAUAUCUAUCAAAUUACAACUUUAUACCAGACCAGAACAAAGAUUUUCUUACCAAAGUAGAAACGCUACAUGAGCAACACAGUGGCCUCAAGCAAUCUGAAGCCGAGUCCUGCUAUAUAAAUACAGCAAGAACACUUGAAUUCUAUGGAGUGGAAUUGCACAGUGGUAGAGAUCUCCAUAAUCUAGAUCUUAUGAUUGGGAUUGCAUCCAGUGGAAUUGCUGUAUAUAGAAAACUCAUCUGUACAAGCUUCUAUCCCUGGGUGAAUAUAUUAAAAAUUUCCUUUAAAAGGAAAAAGUUUUUUAUACAGCAACGGCAAAAACAAAAUGAAUCCAGAGAGCAUAUUGUUGCCUUCAACAUGUUAAAUUACAGAGCAUGCAAAAAUCUUUGGAAAUCUUGUGUAGAGCAUCACACAUUUUUUCAGGCAAAGAAGUCACUACCUCAUGAAAAAAAGAUAUUAUCACAUUAUUGGACUCUGGGUUCUAGAAAUCCAACAAAGUCUGUAAAUAACCAGUACUGCAGAAAAGUGAUAGGUGGGAUGGUUUGGAACCCAUCUAUGAGACGAUCCUUAUCGGUUGAGCACCUAGAGACCAAAAGCCUUCCUUCUCGAUCACCUCCUGUUACCCCCAAUUGGCGGAGUCCUAGACUACGCCACGAAAUCCGCAAACCACGACACUCAUCUGUAGAUAACCUUGCGAACGAGAUUAGUUAUAUUACUGAGACAGAGGAUGUUUUUUACACGUAUAAGGGCUCUCCAACAUCAAAGGACAGUGAUUCAGAGUUCUCUCAGAACUGUAGUCCACAGAGGAGGUCAUCUGAACAAGACUCGCCAAAGAACGUAUUAGGAAACAGUCCGACGCGGAGUUCUCUGACCCGUCUCUCACCUAAGACCUCGGCUCGCUCUCCCAAUGGAGUUGGCAACAUUUCUGGCUCUUACCCAUUGGAAGGGGUGGACAAGCAGUUGGUAGAAACGUAUGACAACGUUACAAAAAGUGGCUCCACGGAAGAUUCCAGCCAGUACUACUGUGAUAAGAAUGACCUAAUUGAGGGAGAUUUACUUUUGGUGCGUAUCAUACCAGAUGAAGAAGGGAAGUUUGGAUUUAAUCUAAAGGGUGGAGUAGAUCAGAAAAUGCCACUGGUGGUAUCAAGAAUAACUCCAGGAUCACCUGCUGAUAAAUGCAUUCCAAAGCUGAAUGAAGGUGAUCAGAUAGUAUUAAUUAAUGGCCGAGAUAUCUCAGAGCACACGCAUGACCAGGUGGUCAUGUUCAUAAAAGCCAGCAGAGAAUCUCACACAAGAGAGCUUGCACUUUUGGUCAGGAGGAAAGUAGUUAAACAGUUUGUGGAGCCCAAAUCAGAAGAUGAAGCGGAUUCCCACACUCUGCCAGAAUCUAUUCUUCCUGUCUGUUCUGAAUAUGGUGGUGAUACACUGGAGGAGUCCAUGGAGCAGCUAAGAAGAGGGCUAGAAAGCGGGACGGUCCUUAUUCAGUUUGAGCAACUUUAUAGAAAGAAACCAGGAUUGGCUGUUACAUGUGCAAAGGUACCUCAGAAUAUGGACAAGAAUAGAUACAAAGAUGUUCUACCUUAUGAUGCCACAAGGAUAAUAUUGCAAGGAGAUGAAGAUUACAUCAAUGCAAAUUAUGUGAAUAUGGAAAUUCCUUCUGCUGGCAUUGUGAAUCGGUACAUUGCUACUCAGGGGCCUCUUCCACACACAUGUGCACACUUCUGGCAAGUAGUCUGGGAUCACAAAUUAUCCCUGAUCAUCAUGUUAACAACUCUCACCGAACGAGGACGGACCAAAUGUCAUCAGUACUGGCCUGAUCCACCAGAUGUCAUGGAAUAUGGCUGCUUCCGUGUCAGAUGCCACUCUGAAGACUGCACGAUUGCUUAUGUUGUCAGAGAAAUGGUCAUUACAAACACUGAGACAGAACAACAACACACCGUCACCCAUCUCCAGUACGUGGCUUGGCCUGAUCAUGGCGUUCCUGAUGACUCCAUGGACUUCUUGGAGUUUGUGACCUGUAUGAGGCCAAAGAGAGUAAAGAAUGAGCCAGUUCUUGUUCACUGCAGUGCAGGAAUCGGCCGCACUGGUGUGCUGGUCACUAUGGAAACAGCCAUGUGCUUAAUUGAAAGGAACCAACCUGUUUAUCCACUGGAUAUUGUACGGAAGAUGCGAGACCAGAGAGCUAUGAUGGUGCAAACAUCGAGUCAAUACAAAUUUGUUUGUGAAGCUAUUCUUCGUGUUUACAAAGAAGGAUUGGUUCGACCACUGGAUUCCAGUUAGCACAGCAGUGAAGGAUGAGUUCUUUUUUGGGCUAAAAACCCUCUGCUCUUUAAGUAAAGCAAGGGGGCUUGUUUCUGAAAGCAACUAGAAUGGACUAGAAGCCCGUGAAAAGACAGAUGAGCACAUUUGAACUGUGGCACUUUAAAUUUCUCAAGAAGAUUGCUAAAUCAUGUACAGUAUAACAAAGUCACAUAGAUAAAUAUAUGACAGUAAUUGUGUGUAAUAUGCUUUAUUUCCAUAGACAACCAUAAACAAUCAUGGAAACCUUAACACAUAUCUUUUACUGCCUUAAAACACCCUUUACUUUGGAAGUUACAAAGUUUCUUGUGUUUCCUUUGAAAUAGCAAAAAGAAAACUCCUAUUAUUGAAAUGAUUCAUCUUGAGGAUGUAUUUAAUGUAUUUCUAUCAUAUGAAAGUUCAUCGAAGGUGAAUAUUUGUAACUUUCUUAUUGGGAUACUAAAUAUCCAUGGAACUGUAACCUUUACUAAAAGGCUGACGAAGAGCUUUAAAGGCUAAUGUAUAACUACUGUACACUGAGCUGGAGAAAUUUAGUAUUCAGUUACCAUAAAUCUAUUAGUGAGUAUGCCAGCUGUUAUAAUAUGCUGCUUAGAAAUCACAUCUACUGUAUGUGAUGUGAAAAUAAUGCUGCAAUUAAGCAUUUAUGCAGAUGGUACAGUCUACAUCUUCUGUUGAUUAAUUUUAGUUGCAACUUUUGCUCUUUUGACAGGGACCUACUUCUUACAGUUUUAGUUAUUGCACCCCUUUUCUUCUGUUUCUGCUGUCCAUCUCCUUUAUACUGUUUCUAUAUGUGGACUGAAAACAUUUUAACUUAAAACGAGGUUUACUUCUCUCUCAUGUUUGUUUCCAUGUGUAUUUAUGAGUUCUCAGAUGUAAACAUGGAUUAAUGUUGCACACAAGUACUAGACUUUUGACUUACUGUAUAUGCAAAGUAGUCUAAUCCAAUACUGGAAGAAAAAUUACUACUGAACCCAUCAAAUAUGUUGCUGCUAUUUCAAGGUGUGAAGCUUACAAGGGCACAGGUGUUGCUAGUGUUCAGAUGGUGAUAAAAUGUUGACUUGCUGCCCUCCAGCAAAGCGCUCUUCUCCGGUGAAACACGACUCCCUUUUGCAAGAGUUCUCCAGAUUUACUGUGUUUCUUGCUUAUACAGAAAUGCAGUUAAAUUCACCUGAAGAUUUAUGUGGAAAGAGAGAAUGAAUUUGUACAUUGAUGAAUAAUUCACCCUAAGGUACAAUGGUCUCUAUUUCAUUUCAGAUGAAAGAAUUGGACUUUCUGAACAGUAUAACCACAUUUGUAUAAUGUUAAAUUAUUUUGUGUGUGCUUUUUGAUUAACCUGAGAUAGUUAUUAAUUUUUUGAUAGUGUUUAAAAAAUAUUCUAAGGAACUGUUUAAAACUGUUAUUUAAAAAAUUAGUCCUAAAUAGGGAAAAAUUCCUAUGGGCCGUAUUAGCCAGAUGUUUAUAUGUAUAAAAGAGAAAACUAGAUAAUUUUUUUUCAGAGAGAUAUAUAUGCACACACAUAUUCAGAUGUAUUUUAGAAUUAUGGUUUGUAUUAUGGAUAUUAUCAUUUAUAGCUGAAGUUUCAUUAUAGAAACUAUCACAGCUGUACAAUAUGCAUCUCUCAUGUUACUGGAAGAUAAUUUUUUUCCCUCCAGGAGAUAACUAGAAAGUGCAUGUAGGAUGAGCUAAAUUGCUGACUUGUCUUUUGUAGGCUUGGUCUGUUCUCCAGACCAAGAACACAUUUUUAGCUAUAGCUGAAGAAGAUACCUGGUUACUAUUUAUUGAUCAAAAGAGUUUUAAUUGAGAUAUGCAGAGUAGUUAGCAACAUGGGAACUUUCUUGGCUUUGUUAGGUUGAAUGGUGAAUAGGUUUGUGUUCAUCCUUACAUACUACAUUCCAAAUUUCACUUUGACUGGAGUUUCCUGAAACAUUUUGGAUCACUGUCAUCUGGCUUGGUUGGGCAUAGGUUAGAAGCCAAAAGACUGGUUCAUUUUUAUCUUGAUAAAUUGCAGGUAGCUCAGUCUGUGAAUCCAAAUGUAAAAUGAUAGUGGACAUGCACAUAUUACUUGGGAAGCUUUGUUUUGUGUGUGCCUCUACGUUAAUUUUUUUUUUUUUUUUUUUUUAAGUUUUCCUGUGCCCAGGUCUCAGAGUCAUCCCUUGCAGUUGGCAUGACUUGCAUUUAAUAGUUUAUCAAGAAUUGAAAAAAGGAAAGAAAAUAAAUUGUACAAAAAUAUUUAGAGCAUCUUUGUGACAUCUGUGUCCUUCAUGGAAGUACUCAUGGUUUCUUUGUGUUCAAGGUUAUUCCUAUAUUCCAAUUGCUAUUUAUGUUUCUUCAUGUUUAAUAUGUACUUACCAAAGCACUAUAAAUGUAUUUCUUGUAUAACUCCAGUCUCAAGAUACAUGGUAUAGGCUUGACUUGGGUUAGCAUGUGUGCAUUUAAAUGAUGACUGUUAUCUUGUGACAACAAAUGCUGCUCUUGUUCUGGUAAACUUUGAUGGAUUUGGUAAUACCAUUGGGGAGCUCUUGGAUUUUAGUAACUUGUUUGAAAUUGCUGGCCACAGAGAGAAUACUCAAAGCUAUAUAAAUACUAAUCUCUAUAAGUUUUUUGUUUGGUUGGUUGUUGUUUUUUUCUUUUUUUAAAUACCUUAGAGGAAACAUUACCUACACAAGUAUCUUGUAUAUUGUGUCCAUCUUUAUUUCAGUCUUGCUGGGUUUUGCACAUGUACCUGUAGGGUCCAUAGGGGAGAACUGAAGGGGGUUUGUCAUCUCUCUGCAGUGUGUGAUGACUUUGCACUGAAUGAAGUAUGCCUUAGAUCUGAUCUUGCAGUGAAAGCAUAAUUAUGAAAACAUCUUAAUGCCAGUUUUUGUUUCCACAAAAAUUUAAAAAUCACGAAGACAUAGAUUUAAUUGAUUGGUUUGGGGGGGGUUUGGUGGGGGUUAAAACUUGUGACCACAAAGUUUUUAAUUGUCAAGAAAUUGGAAGUGGUAGAAAAUGUUGUGAAGACAAGAUUCUGUAUAACCUUCAUAAACAUUUUACCCUCUGUUUCUCCUGUGCUGGCAUGAUCAUGAAAAUAGGUAUUCAAAAUGUCUGGUGUGGUGGUGGAUGAAGAGGGAGUAAUAAACCCUUGAGGUUUUCAUCACUGUGAAAUACACUAACAUUUAUUUCUACAGAAUUAAAGAAAUUUUAAUUUAGUGGCUUUGUAUUUGAUAUGGAAGUAACUAAACUGCCUAUUCAACAUGUCUUCAGAAAUCUCACAGGGGAACACUUCUGAGACAGAGAUGAAAGGGACAGGUCUUGCUAUUUAUUAAAAAUAAGAGAAACGGUGCCCUAAACCAUGAAUGCCUUUUGUGUAAUCACAUGUAUGAAAUACAAAUAAUUUAAAAAAACCCCAAACCUUGAACAGUGGUGGUGUUUUGAAAAAAAAUUAAAACAGGGGUUUGUUCCUAAUUAUUCUGUCUUUUAGGUGUUGAUAAUAAAUUAUAAGCAGUCAAAAUGUACCCAUUAAUUCAGCAAUAGUUCUUCAUGUACACUCAGUUUUUAAACUUGAUUUUCCAGUUGAUUUUCCUUUUUCCCCUCAUAUUUCCUACUAUACAGUACUUGAUUAAAUAUAUAAGUAUUUUAGAAGAACUCCAGUUCUGAACUAUAUAAUGAAUUUUGCGUUGCCUUUAUUACAAGUAUAGUAUGAUACUUUUUAAAAAAAAGUUCUUCCCUGUAGACAGUAUUCUUGUGUCAGACUAAAUGCAUGAAUGUUGAAAAUAGAUACACAUGGUUCAUAUUCAGUCAAUUAUAAUUUAAACAUAGUUAUUUCACUGAUAAUUGCUUUAUUUUUCUAUCCUUGUACAAUCUAUGAAUUGUACCAUUUAAGUGCAAGUUUAUUUUACUCUUUCAGCCUUUCCAGGGAACAUGUGCUGGGAAAUGUUUGUGUUUUGAUUAGUAACCUGCAACCAAUCCACUUGGUUAAAAGCAAUUAUUAAUUGUAGCUAUAUAGUAGGUAAAGUUUUCAUUAAAUAUUUUGUUCAAAGGCCAAGUGAAUGAUUCAUUUACCAUAUAAAACAAUGUUUUGAUUAUAUGGGUUUCUUGCAUUUAAGUUUUGACACUGAUAGUGCUCAGCCAUCUCAAAUGGCUGUCUGUUAUAACUUUAGUUAACAUUAACAGUUUAAAUAUACCAGUCUAAUGCAAUUUAGUUUUAGUGUACUUUAACACUGUAUAAGCUUUAAACAGUAGCAUCUACAAUCACUGGAGCCUGUCAUUCUAAAGAAAAAAGUAAGUUUCUCUGAAUCAAAAGGAAGUUCCACAUAAUAUCAAUAGAUUUCACCAUUUUUCAACUCAGACUAACUCUAUGACAGUAGCAUUCUUACCACUUAUAUAAAGAGCAAAUGUUGAGGAUCAAUAAUACUAUGGAAAAAACCAAAUUUUAUGCACUAUAAGAGACCAGGAAAUAUUGUUGUCUUUUUUUUUUUUUUUAAGACAAAUUCAUCUCAAGAGGGGACAUGUGCUUGCAGACUACUUGGGUAAGAGUAGUCUUAGUUUGUGCUUUAUUUUGGGCUUAGCUGCAGGUUAACCUUUUUAAUUAAAGUUGUAUUUAAAAUAUUAAAGCAUUUAUUUUAAUAGACAUUAGUGAAACACUUCCAUUUGUUGUUAAUGGUUUAACUUGUGUUUACUUGGCUUUAAUGAUUUUGUUUCCUGAAACGUCAUUGUUUUGCCUUAUAAAAUCACUUUGAUGUUUCAUGCAAGUGUGAAACUGGCUUUGUCUCAGACAGGCAGAAUGUUUUACUGUUGCUUAAGAAAGGAUGGGGUUUUUUCACCUGCUGAAGCACCAGUGUGGUGUUCAGACCAGUCUCAACUGAUCUCCUUUCUGAGGAAUUCAAGCAGUGCUGCUAGCAGUGGUAGAAAUCAUGAGGAUAUAUGGAAAAGCAUGUAAGAAAUGUUUUCUUUGGGGCAGAUAAGACAUGCGUUUAAAUUAAAUAUUAAGAGAAAAAAAUCAAACAUUGUGAACAUGAAAAUGCUUUUAACAGAUAAAGUAUGAGUGGGAAAUAUAUUACUUUUUUCCUUUUUCCUUUGAAACACUUCUGUGUUUUACACACAUCGUUUCUCUUGAAACAGUUUCUUUAGUAAAGAGCCAUACUGUUGGCCAUGGGAUUUACUUUUUUCAAACUCACCUAGAAAAUAAUUUUAAGUGGAACAUUUUCCUUACCUACUGGUUUUUGCUCUUAAGUAACAUUAAAAAAAAACCCUCUUAAAUAUAUCCCUCUUAAAAACUAUAUUGGCUGUUUUCAUUUGGUGUCUUUUUCUGAGACACAAAUGAAACAUGCAUGUAGCUGGGUAACUGGUAAUAUUGCACUGCAAGCUUAAGAGGAAGCAGAUGCUUUGUUAGGGCUAUUAAACCCCUUACCUAAUAUCAGUUACCAGCUUAACCCAAAGUGGCAUCACAUUUCUAUCAGCCUUUUGCAGAAUAAACAUUUUGUAAAUAGUCCUUGGAGAUUGCUGUCCCAAGCAGCAGGAAGUCAUCUUGCACCAAGCCAGAAUUUAUGCUUAAAAAAAAAAAAUUAAAAUCUGAAGUCUUCAAGUAAGGAAUGACUAUUUACAAUACUCGGUACAAAACAUGCCUUUUAAAAGGAAAAAAAAAUAUUUUUUUCUGCAAAAAUACCAAGGUUAGAUGCUAGAAGUACCUUCUUAGCUGUGGAUGCAGCUUACCUAGUCAUAAUGCAAAUUGGCUCUCAAUUAGUGUGCAGUAUGGCCACUGAAGCACAGAAAAUGCAUCAUCAGCCCAAAUGCUUGGUUAUGUGUGAACAUUUUGCACAUGGUUGGUUGCAAUGCUGAUUCAGGAGUAAGGGCUGCCUCCCUUAGGGAAAGAGACUGAAAUCCUGCACAGUAAAUCCACAGCCUAUAUUGAUCUUAGUGAAAUUGUACUUGUAUUAUCUAACCUGAGCAGUUUAGUUCAAAGUGAGAUCAGGUGUGUCUGUAUGAGUUUGCAAGAAUAUCGAAGCACUCCAUUCCAAAAAACAGCUCAGCCCAGCAGUGUAAAUUGCAGUGGGCUUCAUUUACUUCAGAUAAGCAGCAGGUGAGUGUGGCAGCACUUGGGUUAGUCCUAAUCAAUGCCCUUCUAAUUCAGAGCUUUGACUGAAACUUGGGGUUGAGCAGGAAUUAAAUUAGUCUGUAGAAAUUAGGUAGGGAAUUAGUAUAUUCGUUCAAAUGUAAUUCUGUUUCUAUUCCAGGUUUUGCAAAAUAAAUGACAAGUAUCGUUGCUUACAUUCCAGUGACCUGUGCAGCGAGCACUAAACAUAAUUUUUCACACUUCAUUGUGUAACCUGAAUAGAGAGAUACAAGUUAUAUAAUGGGAACAGUCCUAUAAAAGCUUUAAAUCUGCCUGCCAUUCAUUCUCACAAAUGAUGUACUGGUUAAAACUGACCUUGAUUAUAAAUGAUAUGGAAACGUGUUUAUAGCACAGGAAUAAAUUGCAUAACAGUUGGGAAAGCUGAAGUUGUUUGGGGUUUUUUUUCCAAGUUUUGAAGAAGAUUUCACUAUUCUAGUCACUAAGUUUGUAUUUUCAUAUAAGUUCAGUUAGCAUUUUUGUCAGUUUUGUCAGAAAAAUCUUGGAAGGUAAUAUCCAUUUAGGAACUCUGGCUGGGAGAUUUUGGGGUUUUUUUUCUUUUCCUGUAGUUUUCUCUGUAGUUUUCCUUUUCUCUAUAGUUUCUUCUAAGAUCCUAGGUGCCACUGCAUUAAAGGAAUAAAAGAAUGUAUUUGAUGUAUUUGGAAGGUAAGGAAAGAGAUUAUUUUAUACCCUACGCUGUACUUUUCUAUCAUUUGAAAUGUAAAUUGAUGUUCAUAUUACAAAGCUUAAUUUAUUGUUUAAAAGUGUAGACACUUCUUGAAUGUAUAAUUUUUCUUUUUUAUUUUUAUAAGAUUAAAGGGUUGGUUAAUGUUUUCAGUAGAGCUUUCUUGGGAUUUGGAACUGUUUUGAAUGAAAAUAUAGCCACCAUUUUAUGCAUAUUGGUUAUACGGCUAAUGGUCAAAUAAAGCAUUUUUUGGCUA